UUUAAAACCAAGAUCACUAAGAUAUACAUGUUAUUAUCUAGCUGAUAAGAUAAUUGUAAUAAUUUAAUAAAUGAACGAUAAAUGUUAAACUUAAAUCAAUUACUUACGAAUUUGAGUCACAACUUACAUUUGAUCUUACUUUUCUAUUGAUGAUUGAGUUACUGACGCUAACGCCAAUUAAUUAUAAAAUUUAAUUCCUUCUUCUAUUAUGAUGCUGGUAUCCAAUGUAAUACAUUACCCAUAACUAACAAUAAUUGUUUGAUUAUAAUAUUCUACAAACUAAAAUUCUUUUCAUAAAUAUGGCUUCUAAUUUCUUUGAUGAAAAAAGUGGUAUUGUACCGUGCAAUACUGAUUGGGGUAGAUGGUGGCAAACUGUUGACGAAGUGCAUAUUGAAGUAAAAUUGUCGGUUAGUAUUAAGUCAAAGGAUACCAAAGUCAUUGUCACUAACCAAAGUAUUACAGUUAAAAUUUUAGACAAGAUUUUGUUUUCUGUAAGUAUAGUUUAUACUUUUAUAGCAGAUUGUUUUUUAUGUAUCAUUAAUGUAUGUAUAGUAUUUUUAUUGAUUUUAUACUUAUAGGGUAAUUUAUUUAGAAAAGUACAUGGUGAUGAAAGUUUAUGGUUAUUAGAGGAUGAAGGUACUCUGUUGAAAAUAAUUUUAAUUAAAGCAGAUUAUAUAAAAAAGGAAAUUGUUUGGGAAUCAUUACUUGAAGAUGGAUCGUUUAAAGCAGAUCCUAUAACCUACAUAGAAAUGAAAAAAAAAAUAGAUCUUGAAAAGUUCCAAAUCGAGGUAAGAUAUACAAUAAAUAUAACAACAAAAACAACAAAACAUAUAAAUCUAAAAUGACUAGCUCUGCUGUGGCUAUCAGAAAUUAGAAAAAUUAUAACGGCAUAAAUGAAAUAAGUACAAAAAUCUCAAAAUUCCAACUAUAUAGUUACUCACUACUUGUUAAAUAUAUUUAAAUCUAAAUACAUAAAAAUGAACAUAUUUCGUGCAAGUACUAAUAGGUGCUAAUAAUUUUAUAAUUUUAAAAUUAAUUCUUACUUAAUUCCUUUGAGUUUUUAUUAGUAACUAUAAUUUCUUUAAUAUUUUAAGUACAUUGAUAAUUUUUUUUAAUAUUGUCAAUGUAUAUAUUAUAAAUAAAAUAAUAAAAUAUAGCUGUUUAUUUUUCAGAUUCUAUAGUUCAUAAACUUGAUUGUUUUUUAUUCAUAAUUAUUGAAAAAUUAGGUAAUUAGUAUAUUUAAAAUGUAUACCAUUGAAUGCAAUUAUAUUUGUUAUAAAUUGAAUACCUUUUCCAACCUUUUACUUACCAACUGAAAUGUUUAUAAAAUAAAACUAACUAAUUUAUCUAACAUUGUUUAAUAUUUCUUUAAGUAUACUAUUAUAUUAACUGUUUUAUAUUUGGAAGUCACCCAUGAUUUUAAUUAAAUAGUUGUGUCUUUUUCUAUUUAAAUUGUAGAUUAUAAAAUAAUUUUUACUAUAACCAUCCUUAAACGCUAACCUUGUUUUUACACUUUUAUUACUAACAAUUCACCGAAUCCAUGAGUACUAUAAAUUUUCAUAAAAUAUUAAAAUCACUGUUUUUUUUUUUAUUAUUAUUUAUUCAUUUUCUAAGCACUAGGUGAAAAAGAUUACACAAUAUUUCUAAAAAAAAAAAAAAAACUUAUAUACAAUAACCAAUGUUUGUCAAAUCGACAAAUGGUUAGCAUUCUAGGGUUAAUAGGGUUAAUCUGUUAUUUGUGAAUAAACUAACUCAAUUAUAUUAAUCUCCGGAGUGAUUAAUUUGAACUAGUUCACAUUUAGAUGAAUUACGUUGUUCAAUGUUUAUUUUAUUGUAUACUAUUCACUACUACCAAUUAUUAAAAUAUUCACCUAAGUGAACAAUUCAAAAUCUAAAUAGUUGACCUUUAAAUCGGUCAUCAUUUAUUUAUGGCAUUUAAAUCGAAGGAAGGAAAAUUUAUUUUAUAAAUAAAUAAAUAAUUUGUAUAUAAACAUUAUUAUUCAGUGAAUUAUCAAUAUAUCUACGGUUCAUUCAGUUGCUCUUUUAUCAUUCAGUAAGCUAGUUCAAUUUGAUGAACAAACUUGUUUGCCUAAGUGAACAACUAGUCACAUCUCUAUUAUAUAAUUCGACUUAUAAAAUAAUUGUCUACAACUGCUAUUUACAUAUCCAAAUAUCACAUUCAAAUAACAUGCUAUAUUAAAUUAUACAAUUAAUUAAACUACAUUAAAGUUGUAUUAUUAAUAUUAUAAAAUUAAUAAUUGAUUGGUUUACAUUUUAUGUUUUAGUAUCCUGGAAUGGACUUUAGUAAAGCACAACUUCAGAAAAAUUAUGAUACUGCACCUGGUCUCUAAUGUUCAUAAGUACAUUCAUUCAUUUAUUUGUCUAUCUUUAUAAUACAUUUUAUUACCAGUUUAUUUAUUUGUUUAAUUAUGGUUAGUUUUAAAAUAUCUAGUGAUAGCUUACCUUAAACCAUAACCUUAAUAUACUAUUGUAAUUUAACUUUAAUUCUAAUACAAAAAUGUCAUUAAUUUGUGUAUAAAGGUAUACAUAUUAAUAAACCCAUAUUUAUUAAAUUAAAUUAAUCAAUUAUUGUGUUACAUAAAUUUACCAAAAUAUAAUGACUGAAAAUGGUAAGUCUCAUUAAUACAAAUUUAAACUAAUUCUAAUUUGAUGGUCUAUGUCAUUAAAAAAUUACCCAACAAUUUUAUCUGUUCAUUUUUGUUAAUAAGUUGCUUAAAAUGUUUAUGGGUU